UGCGCGUCCCGCACGGGCUACUCUCGGGUCGGAGCUGCCCCGCAGCGGGUGAACCGAGCGGCCUCGAGGAAGGGGUGCGGCAGGACCCUCGCCAGAAGCAGGCGCGCUGGGGGCGGUCUCCGUGCCCACCGCGGCGGAGGAAGAUGGUGUUCGAGUCGGUGGUCGUGGAUGUGUUGAACCGGUUCUUGGGGGACUAUGUGGUGAACCUGGACACGUCCCAGCUCACUCUGGGCAUCUGGGGAGGAGCUGUGGUCUUGAAGAACCUUGAAAUUAAAGAAAAUGCCCUGAGUCAACUGGAUGUACCAUUUAAAAUUAAAGUUGGUUAUAUAGGUAACCUUAAUCUUAAAAUUCCAUGGAAAAACCUUUAUACUCAACCAGUUGUAGCUGUACUGGAAAACAUUUAUUUACUCAUAGUGCCUUCUUCUAUAAUAAAAUAUGAUUCUUUAAAAGAAGAAAAGCAACUUUUGGAAGCAAAGCAGCAGGAACUAAAAAGAAUAGAAGAAGCCAAACAAAAAGUAGCUAAUCAAGAAAAACUCCUGGUGGAGAAACAAGACACUUUUACAGAAAAAUUAAUUACUCAGAUCAUAAAAAAUCUUCAAGUGAAAAUUUCCAACAUCCAUAUUCGUUAUGAAGAUGAUAUCACAAAUCAAGAAAACCCACUGUCAUUUGGUAUUUCUCUUCAAAAUCUCAGCAUGCAGACAACUGAUCAAAACUGGGCUCCAUGUUUACAUGAUGAAACUGAGAAACUAUUUCGUAAGUUAAUCCGCUUGGAUAACCUUUUUGCUUAUUGGAAUGUGAAGUCUCGGAUGUUUUAUCUUACUAGUUAUGAUGAUUCAUUGGACAGCUUGAGGAAUGGAAUUGUUGAUGAAAAUAUUGUUCCAGAAGGUUAUGAUUUUGUAUUUCGCCCCAUAUCUGCUAAAGCCAAACUUCAGAUGAAUCGCCGAUCUGAUUUUGACUUUUCUGCCCCCAAGAUAAAACUGGAUGUUGAAUUACAUGACAUAGCUAUUGAAUUUAAUAAACCACAGUAUUUCAGUCUUAUGGAGCUUCUUGAAUCAGUUGAUAUGAUGACGCAAAAUCUGCCAUAUAGGAAAUUCAAACCUGAUGUACCUGUUCACGGCCAUGCCAGAGAAUGGUGGGCUUAUGCUAUACAUGGUAUUCUUGAAGUAAAUGUUUGCCCCCACUUGCGGAUGUGGUCAUGGAAACAUAUUAGCGAUCAUCGGCAACAAAUGAAGCAAUAUAAAGAACUCUAUAAGAAAAAACUUAUAAAUAAGAAGCCACCUGUGGAACUUCUCAGCUGUUUGGAGGAGUUGGAGAAGACUCUGGAUGUAUUUAACAUUACUAUAGUGAGACAACAGGCAGAAGUUGAGGUAAAGAAAGCUGGAUACAGGAUAUACAAAGAAGGAACAGAAGAUUCAGAGGAAAAUAAAGGAUGGUUUAACUGGUUGUGGACUUGGUCAGAACCAAAAACUAAAGAACAGCAGCCCGAUGUUAAACCUGGAAGUCUUGAAGAAAUCUUGACACCUGAAGAAAAAACUUCACUCUAUGAAGCAAUUGGCUAUAGUGAAACAGCAGUUGACCCAACCUUGCCAAAAUCAUUUGAAGCCAUGAAGUUGUACAUGCACUUGAAAAGUAUGUCUAUUGUUCUAAGAGAAGAACAACAAAAACGUGAGCUGUUAAAUAUUGUAGUAGAAGAAUUUAGCACUUGGGUUGUACAAAGACCAGGAGCACAAGCAAUAAAAUUUGAAACCAGAAUAGAUUCCUUUCAUGUUACUGGCCUACCAGAUAAUUCAACAAAACCCCGCCUCCUGUCCUCAUUGGAUAAUGCUGCAUCACUUUUCCAGAUUACAUUUGAGACAAAUCCAUUAGAUGAAACUGUUGCUCAAAGGUGUAUCAUAGAAGCUGAACCUUUAGAAAUAAUAUAUGAUGCAAGAACAGUGAAUAGUAUAGUGGAAUUCUUCAGACCUCCAAAAGAGGUAAAUCUAGCACAGCUCACUUCAGCGACUUUGACAAAACUUGAAGAAUUUCGUGAUAAGACAGCAACAGGUCUACUAUAUAUUAUUGAAACACAGAAAGUUCUUGAUCUCAGAAUUAAUUUGAAAGCUUCAUAUGUUAUUAUCCCACAAGAUGGAAUUUUCAGCCCUACGUCAAAUCUGCUUCUUUUGGAUCUUGGUCAUUUAAAGGUGACAAGCAAAAGUCGUUCACAAUUACCAGAUAUGAAACAAGGUGGGGCCAGACUUGAAGAGAUAAUGCGUAGAGCUUAUGAUUCCUUUGAUAUUCACCUUACAAGCAUUCAGCUGCUUUACAGCAGAGUUGGUGAUAAUUGGAAAGAAGCACGAAAACUCAAUGUAUCUACACAGCAUGUUUUGGUACCUUUGCACUUCAAUGUGGAAUUAUCUAAGGCCAUGGUUUUCAUGGAUAUAAGGAUGCCGAAAUUCAAGAUUUUUGGAAAGUUACCACUGAUUUCUUUGCGAAUCUCAGAUAAAAAGCUUCAAGGAAUUUUGGAAUUGAUUGAAAGCAUUCCAAAACCCACACCUGCAACUGAAGUACAUGCCCCUGUCAAGCCAUUUCAGAUGCAAAGGUCCACUUCUUUGGGAGCACCACAGAUUUCACAGAAAGUGAUUCCUCUCUUGGAACUUGCAGGUGUUGAAUAUGAGUCAGAGGAGGAAUUUUAUGAUGCACCAUGUAGUCCCGUGGAAGAAUAUUUUCAGUCAACAGCUAGCGUUAAAAGUUGUCAACAAAAUAAGAUUCCAGAGCUGGAUUGUUCAAAAAAUAUGAUUCAGUAUAAAAUAAGAUUUGAAGUGCCAGAGGUAUCGAUUCAAUUUUAUCACCUUGUUGAAGAUUGUGAACUACCUGUGGUAGAAAUUGUUGUCUUAGGAUUGGGCACGGAAGUAGAACUUAGAACAUUUGAUUUGAAAGCCAAUGCCUUUUUGAAAGAAUUCUGCUUAAAAUGCCCAGAAUACUUGGAUGUAAACGAAAAGCCAGUUUAUUUGAUUACAACACUAGAUAACACAAUGGAAGAUCUGUUAACACUGGAGUAUGUGAAGGCUGAAAAGAAUGUACCCAACUUGAGAAGUUCCUAUAAUAAUGUUGAACAACUGAUUAAGGUGAAUUUUUCCUCUUUGGAUAUUCAUUUGCAUACAGAAGCACUUCUGAAUACAAUAAACUAUUUUAAUAAUUUCAUUCCACAAUUGGAGGAAAAGUCAGCCUCGUUGCAUGUUGCGGAGACAGAAGACAAAGGAGAGGUCAUUAAAAAAAUAGCUUCAAGACGAUACAGGCAUGAAGAUAUUACCUUGCAGAUCUUAGCAGAGUUAUCAUGUUUACAGAUCUUUAUUCAAGAUCAGAAACAUAACAUUGCUGAAAUUAAGAUUGAAGGGCUUGAUUCUGAGAUAAUUAUGAGGCCUUCAGUAACUGAAGUAAAUGCAAAGCUAAGAAAUAUAAUUGUUUUGGAUUCUGAUAUAACAGCUGUAUAUAAAAAGGCUGUUUAUAUCACUGGAAAAGAAGUUUUCAGCUUCAAAAUCCUUUCUUAUGUGAAUGCAACUGCUGAUUCUGCAUACACAGAUAUGAGUGUGGUUGAUAUUCAAGUUAAUUUAACUGUUGGUUGCAUUGAAGUAGUUUUAGUCACAAAAUUUUUAUAUUCUAUAUUGGCUUUCAUAGAUAAUUUUCAAGCAGUUAAAGAAGCCUUGGCUGAGGCAACUGUCCAGGCAGCAGGAAUGGCUGCUACUGGUGUAAAAGAACUGGCACAAAGGAGUUCUAGAAUGGCAUUAGAUGUUAACAUCAAAGCCCCAGUUGUGGUCAUCCCACAGUCUCCAGUUUCUGAAAAUGUCCUUGUUGCUGAUUUUGGACUGAUUACAAUGACCAAUACAUUCCAUAUGAUAACAGAGAGCCAGUGCAAUCCCCCACCCAUUAUUGAUUUGAUUACGAUAAAGCUGAGUGAAAUGCGACUAUACAGGUCUCAAUAUAGUAAUGAUACAUACCAGGAAGUACUGGACAUACUACUGCCAUUAAAUCUUGAGGUGAUUGUUGAGCGAAAUUUAGCCUGGGAGUGGUUCCAGGAAGUUCCUUGUUUUAAUAUAAAUGCUCAACUAAAGCCUAUGGAGAGUAAAUUGAAAACCUCCUGGAAGGAUUCACCAUUCUUGAUGCCAUUAAGAACAUUCAUGACUCGUGGGAAGAGGUCAAACGUCAACAUUAACACAAGUUUGGAAGAAGUUGACGCUAACUCUCAUGGUGACUUUGAGUUCAUUCUUAGUCAAGAAGAUAUAACAACUAUCUUUAAAACAUUAUAUGGUAAUAUAUGGUAUGAAGGAGGUGGCAGUGUCCCACCAGCAGGAGUGAAAGAUCAGAGUAGUGUUACUGGUGGAGUCACUAACACUUCACAUCAUUCAGGAGGAACAACUGUAGUGACAGCUGCUAUGGUAGAAGUACAUUCAUGUGCUGCUCAAGUUAAGACAACUCUAAAUAUGAGUUUCAAAACUGAUUAUCUCACCAUGAUACUGUAUAGUCCAGGUCCUGAACAGGUUUCCUUUACAGAUGUUCGUGAUCCUUCUCUGACACUUGCUGAAUUUAAGUUGGAGAAUAUAAUAAGUACUUUAAAAAUGUAUACAGAUGACUCAGUAUUUUCUGCCUUCUCAUUAAAAAAUUGUAUUUUAGAUGAUAAAAGGCCUCAUGUCAAGAAGGCAACUCCUAGAAUGAUAGGAUUGACAGUUGGAUUUGACAAAAAAGAUAUGAUGGAUGUAAAGUAUAAGAAAAUCAGAGAUGGUUGGAUGUCUGAUGUAGUCCUUCAAGAAACAUAUAUUUGUGCAAGUGUGGAAUUUCUGCUGACAGUUGCAAAUGUCUUUCUUGAAGCCUACACCACAGGCACUGCUGUAGAAACCAAUGUUCAAGCAUGGGCUGCUAAGGAAGAAGUACCUGCACAGAUACAAGAAAAGUGGGAAGUGAAUAUUCUUAUUAAAAAUCCUGAAAUUGUGUUUGUGGCUGAUAUGACAAGAAAUGAUGCUCCUGCCUUAGUCAUUACAACACAAUGUGAAAUUUGUUGCAAGGGUGACCUUGAAAACAAUACAAUGACUGCUGCUAUUAAAGAUCUCCAAAUGAGAGCAUGCCCAUUUCUUCCUGACAAGAGAAAAGACAGAAUCACUACUGUUUUGCAGCCCUGUGACUUGUUCUAUCAAGCUACUAAGAUAGGCACAGAUCCACAAGUGAUUGAUAUAUCACUAAAAUCGCUGACACUAAAGGUUUCACCAGUUAUCAUAAAUACUGUGAUUACCAUAACUGCAGCACUUUAUACAACUAAGGAAACCAUCCCACAAGAAACUGCUUCUUCUACAGCACAUUUAUGGGAAAAGAAGGAUACAAAGACUUUAAAAAUGUGGUUUCUUGAAGAACCAAAUGAAGUGAAAAACAUAGCUCCCACAACUGAAUUGGUACCCAAAGGAGAGAUAAUAAAAAUGAACAUUGAUUCUAUUUUCAUAGUUCUUGAGGCUGGGGUUGGUCAUAGAACAGUGCCUAUGCUUUUGGCAAAAUCAUGUUUUUCAGGGGAAGGCAAAAACUGGAGUUCCCUCAUAAAUCUCCACUGUCAGCUUGAGCUAGAAGUGCAUUAUUACAAUGAAAUGUUUGGUGUAUGGGAACCUUUGCUUGAACCUUUAGAAAUUGACCAGACUGAGGAAUUUAGACCAUGGAAUCUUGGAAUCAAGAUGAAAAAGAAAGCAAAAAAGGCUAUUGUUGAGUCAGAUACUGAAGAAGAUUACAGAGUGCCAGAAUAUAAAACUGUCAUCAGUUUCUAUUCAAAAGACCAACUAAACAUUACAUUAUCCAAAUGUGGUCUUGUAAUGUUAAAUAAUUUAGUCAAGGCAUUUACAGAAGCGGCCACUGGAUCUUCAACUGUCUUCAUGAGGGAUCUAGCGCCAUUUAUGAUUUUAAAUUCUCUUGGACUUACCAUCUCUGUUUCACCAAGUGAUUCUUUUAGUGUGCUCAACGUUCCAGUGGCAAAGUCAUAUAUAUUGAAAAAUGAGGAAAGUUUAAGUAUGGAUUAUGUCCGAACAAAAGACAAUGAUCAUUUCAAUGCAAUGACCAGCCUAAGCAGCAAACUUUUCUUCAUUCUUCUUACACCUGCUAACCACUCUACUGCUGAUAAAAUUCCCUUAACAAAAGUGGGACGACGACUGUACACUGUAAGGCACAGAGAAUCUGGAGUUGAAAGAUCUAUUGUUUGUCAAAUUGAUGCAGUGGAAGGAAAUAAGAAAGUAACAGUUCGCUCCCCAGUGCAGAUUAGAAAUCAUUUCUCAAUCCCACUUUCUGUUUAUGAAGGGAAUACUUUAUUGGGAAUGGCUUCACCUGGAAAUGAAUUUAACAUACCAUUAGCAUCUUACCGAUCACUCCUUUUUCUGAAGCCAGAAGAUGAGGACUAUCAAAUGUGUGAAGCAAUUGACUUUGAAGAAAUUAUAAAAAAUGAAGGCUCUUUUCUAAAGAGGCAAUGUAGACCUAUAAACCCGUCUAAGAAACCAUUUAUUAUUAAUAUUGUCCCAGAAAAAGAUAAUUUGACAUCUCUGUCAGUAUAUUCAGAAGAUGGUUGGGACUUACCAUACAUAAUGCAUUUGUGGCCACCUAUCCUACUCCGAAAUCUUCUUCCUUACAAACUUGUUUAUUAUAUAGAGGGGAAUGAACAUAGAGUUUUUACUCUAAAUGAAGGUUCUUCUGCCCAUAUUUGUACCGUACAAUUGGAUAAAGCAAUACUACAUUUAAAAUUACUUGACUAUCUUAAUCAAGAUUGGAAAAGUGAAUAUCAUAUAAAACCUAAUCAACAAGAUAUUAGUUUCAUCAGUUUUACCUGUGUUACAGAAAUAGAAAAGACUGAUUUAGAUAUUGCUAUCCAUGUGACUUAUAAUCCUGGCCAGACAGUUGUGGCAUUUCAUAGCCCUUACUGGAUGGUCAAUAAAACUGGUCGAAUGUUACAGUAUAAAGCAGAUGGAAUUCAUCGAAAGCAUCCGCCUAAUUAUAAAAUGCCAGUUCUCUUUUCUUUUCAGCCAAAGCACUUUUUUAAUAACAAUAAGGUUCAGCUUAUGAUAACUGAUAGUGAAUUAUCAGAUCAGUUUUCAAUUGAUACUGUUGGUAGUCAUGGAGCUGUUAAAUGUAAAGGCAUGAACAUGGAGUAUCAAGUUGGUGUCAUUAUAGACCUCAGCAGUUUUAACAUUACCAGAAUUGUGACAUUUACCCCUUUUUAUAUGAUCGAAAACAAAAGCAAGUAUCAUAUAUCAGUGGCUGAAGAGGGGAGUGAUAAAUGGCUCUCUCUCGAUUUGGAGCAGUGUAUUCCCUUUUGGCCUGAGGAUGCUUCAAAUAAACUUCUUAUUCAAGUUGAAAGAAGUAGAGGCCCUCCCCAAAAGAUACAUUUUAACAAGCAAGAAAAUUGUAUUUUAUUACGUCUGGAUAAUGAGCUUGGCGGUAUUAUAGCAGAAGUUAAUUUGGCUGAGCAUUCUACAGUUAUUAAAUUUUCAGAUUAUCAUGAUGGAGCAGCUACAUUCCUAUUAAUAAAUCACACUAAGAAUGACAUUAUUGAAUAUAAGCAAAGUUCUCUCAGUGAAAUAGAAGACUCUCUCCCUCCUGGAAAAGCAGUAUUUUAUACAUGGGCCGAUCCAGUGGGCUCUAGAAAGCUGAAGUGGAGUUGUGGGAAAAGCCACGGUGAAGUAACACAAAAAGAUGAUAUGAUGACACCUAUAAAUUUGGGGAAAAAGACUAUUUAUUUAGUUUCAUUCUUUGAAGGCUUACAACGCAUUAUUUUAUUCACUGAAGAUCCAAAGGUAUUUAAAGUGACAUAUGAAAAUGAGAAAGCAGAAUUAGCAGAGCAAGAAAUUGUGUUGGCAUUACAAGAUGUUGGAAUUUCUCUUGUCAACAAUUACACAAAGCAAGAAGUAGCCUAUAUUGGCAUUACAAGUUCUGAUGUGGUUUGGGAGACAAAGCCCAAGAAGAAGGCAAGAUGGAAGCCAAUGAGUAUAAAGCACACUGAGAAGUUAGAGAAAGAAUUUAAGGAAUAUAUUGAAUCUUCACCUUCAGAAGAUAAGGUUAUUGAGUUGGACACUAAUAUUCCGGUUCGCUUUACACCUAGCGGCAAUAACAUGAAAAUUCUGCAACCACAUAUAAUAGCUAUACGAAGAAAUUAUCUGCCAGCAUUAAACGUGGAAUAUAACACAUCUGCACAUCAAUCAUCAUUUAGAAUUCAAAUUUAUAGAAUACAGAUCCAAAACCAGAUACAUGGUGCUGUAUUUCCAUUUGUAUUUUAUCCUAUUAAGCCUCCCAAGUCAGUCACCAUGGAUUCAGCCCCCAAGCCCUUUACAGAUGUCAGUAUUGUUAUGAGAUCUGCAGGGCAUUCCCAGAUAUCACGUAUUAAAUACUUCAAAGUGUUGAUCCAAGAAAUGGAUCUCAGGUUAGAUCUUGGGUUUGUCUAUGCAUUAGCAGAACUUAUGACAGAAGCUGAAGUAACUGAAAAAACGGAGGUUGAACUUUUUCAUAAAGAUAUAGAAGUUUUCCAAGAAGAAUAUAAAACAGUUUCAUUAGUAGAUUCAUCACAAGUCAGUCUCUAUGAGUAUUUUCAUAUAUCUCCUAUCAAGUUGCAUUUAAGUGUUUCACUGAGUUCGGGUAAAGAAGCAGCUAAAGACUCAGAACAGCAUGAAGGAUUCAUUGCAAUUAGUUCUUUAAAUCUCUUGCUGAAGAGUAUUGGCGCCACUCUUACAGAUGUACAAGAUGUAGUUUUUAAGCUUGCAUUUUUUGAACUCAACUAUCAGUUUCAUACAACAUCUGAACUGCAGUCUGAAGUAGUAAGACACUAUUCAAAACAGGCCAUUAGGCAAAUGUAUGUACUCAUUCUUGGACUUGAAGUUUUGGGAAAUCCCUUUGGCUUGAUUAGAGAAUUUUCUGAAGGUGUAGAAGCAUUUUUCUAUGAACCUUACCAGGGAGCCAUCCAGGGUCCUGAAGAGUUUGUGGAAGGAAUGGCACUAGGAUUGAAGGCAUUAGUUGGGGGAGCUGUUGGUGGAUUAGCGGGUGCUGCCUCCAAAAUCACCAGUGCUAUGGCUAAAGGGGUAGCAGCUAUAACUAUGGAUGAAGACUACCAACAGAAGAGGAGAGAAGCCAUGAACAAGCAACCGGCUGGUCUUAGAGAAGGCAUCACUCGAGGAGGAAAAGGCUUAGUUUCUGGUUUUGUAAGUGGCAUAACGGGAAUUGUUACAAAGCCAAUCAAAGGAGCUCAAAAAGAAGGAGCAGCUGGUUUCUUUAAAGGUGUUGGGAAAGGUUUAGUUGGAGCAGUGGCAAGGCCAACUGGCGGCAUCAUAGACAUGGCUAGCAGUACAUUUCAGGGAAUAAAAAGGGCUACAGAGACUUCUGAUGAAGUGGAGAGUCUGCGGCCCCCUCGGUUCUUUAAUGAAGAUGGAGUUAUCAGACCUUACAGGUUGAGGGAUGGUACUGGAAAUCAGAUGUUGCAGGCAUCAAAAAGUUUGAUAUGAAAACAGUUAAUGCAUGACUUUGCAACUGAAAGCCAACAGUAGAUUUUAGUCUUAAAAUUUACAAACUACGUACAGCUGUUUCAGUGUUUUGAAAACAAAGAAAAGCUUUUGUAUUGGUAACUUUUGUAUAGGAUUUUUAGUGAAUCUGAUCUUUUUAUAGGGUAUUCUAAUUCUGUGCUGGAUUUGCUAGAUUGAAAACCAUUGUGUCUAUAUACCCUCAUAGUUGGUGCUACUUUUUAGCCAAUGAAACCCUUUCUGUUUAGGGUACUUCCUUCUCUUUAUCAAACCAACAGGUGCUUUUAUACUGAAUAUAAUUCUCAUGUCCAACUAAGAAUGGGUAGGGAAAAAAUCAGGACCAUUGCUAUUCGAAUUCUUAGGUUCUUGUGCUUUUCUUUUAUAGAUGCUCAAGUGGCCAAAACCCUCUUUUUGCUUUCUGCUUGUGUCAUCCUUUUAAAAUCUUUUGGAAUUUGAUAAGCAGUUCAUAAGAAAGCCAAUAUUUUUUAGUAAAGGAAAGUAGCUUUUGGAACAUAGGCAGUUUGGAGGUAGAAUAUUUUAUCUGUUAGAUAAUUUUCUUGCUAGUAAGUUGAACUUCUUAAAAAUCUGGAUUAUAGUGUAGGUAAUAUAUACCAUAAAAUUAUACCAAUUUAAAGUAGUUUGUGUGGGUUAGAUGUGGAAUACUAAAAUAAAUUAUUUUUGAAAACAAAGAGUCAUUAUGUUGUAUAGACUUGCAAAUAUUCAAGGUAAUAAUGAAAUGUGGGAAUAUGUCUCUUCCUUUAUAAAGCCUUGAAAUUUUAAAUAUUGCCAAGUUUAAGUGAUUAGGGUAAGAUUUAAAACUUCAAUAUUUUUCUCACUACAUGCAGAGUAUGUAAUUUUUGCAUAAAAUGUGCUUUCAUCUAAUGUAGUAAAACAUAACCAUUGAAUUAAUGUGUGAUAUUUAGUAAAGUGAUUUUACAUUGUGUUUAAAAUGUUUUUAAAGCAUCAAAAUAAUACCAUAUUGGGAUGGAACUGGCAAUCGAGUGAGAGACUGUGCUCUCAGGGGCAUUUUAUACGGUCUCUGCAGUGUCAGCCUUCUUUGGAAGAAAUGUUGGAUGGAAAUCUAGCAAGUUAGAAAUGUUACAGAACAAACCUCUGGUUCAUACAUUUGAAACAUAUAUUUCUACUCAGUACCUACCUUCUCUUUCUAGAACACAAUUAACAGGUUACUAACAUUUUAGUAGACUGAAUGGUUAUCAAAUCAUCUUUAAAAAACUAAAAAUAUUUGAGACACUAUUUUAAUAAACUUAAUAGGAAAUAAAGAUGAAUGGUAAGGAGUUUAGAAAUGCAUUGUCAUUAUUAGAAAACAGAUUAUAAUACAUAAGAAAGCCAUGAGAUACCAAACGUUUCUUGUGAUUGAUAACUUGAUUUCACUGACAAGUAAAUUUAUUCUAUGCCUUCCUUGUUUAUAUAAAGCUUUAAACCUUGGGAUUUAAAGGUCAUUACUUUUGACUAUAUUUUUUAAUAUAUAUAUUAUUUUUAGUAGGCCAGUCUUACCAUUAAUUGCCAAAAGAGCUAUUUAAAGGUCUAAAAGUUCACAAUCCUUGUCUGCUAUUACUUGUUUUUCAACAAGAACAGUAAACACAGUAUAACUGGAAUACCUAUAGGAAUUCACCAGAUGCCUUAGGAUGUUUGCAGUUAGCAUUAUUCUCUUAAUAGGUGUAAGAACUGGGUUAUUGCUUUGAUGGUAAUAGUGCUUCUUUGAAUAAAAACUCUACUGUAUGAUUAGCUAACACUUUAAAAUAUAUGAAUACUGUGGUAAAGAACUGGAUGUCAUAGAAACAGGAUUUAAAAUCUCAGCAGCUUAGAUUUAAUCUAUUUAACUGGUGCAUGUAGAAAAAUAAUACUAUCAAAUAUUUCUCCUCUUAUUUUCUAAUUUUCUAAAAAUAGUGCUCUGUAUUCACAAAUUCUAUAUGCCCCUGUAUAAUAAUUAAAUAUAAAAAAACCACUUUCGUUAUGUACCUAUCUGGAAAGUAGUACAUUUUCAUAGUGCUUCCUAGUAGUAAGUUGAAGAGAAAAAUAGAAUAAUUAUAUUAGAGAAAUAGAAUAAUUCCAAUGUAUCCCCAGACUACCUUAUUGGUAUCACCAAACGAUUUUAAACAUAGCAACCAGUAGAGUUUAGUCUUAGUCUAUUAAGAUAUGGAAUAUUAUAUCCAUAAUUAUUGCCCUAUUCAGAGCUGGUGUCUGCUUCAAAAUUAUUUUGACUCCUUGAACAUUUCAUAAGUUUGCAUGUCUUCAAGGAAUUUGUCAUACUUAGCUAACCAUUGUGCUUCUUUUUUUCCU